AUGGUCAAAAGGAGCAGCAGGUUACCAUGGCAACAGCCUCUCUCCCAGCAUGCAACAGCAGAGUGCCCCUCCCACCCACCGCACAGCAGGGUGAAACAGCAGAUGGACGGUGUGCAGCCAGCAGAAGUGAUGAUGGAGGGUGACUCGCCCCCACUACGAGACGGUUCCUCCUUUGAAGAGCAGUGCAUGAUGGGUGCUGUGAAGAAACCUGGCCAAGAAGCUGUGAAGUCCAAGUCAGCAGGAAUAACCAGUGCAGCCAGGUUAAUGUCAACCAAGAGUACAGAGUCAGUAGACGGAGGCAGCAGUACAGGAACCUGUUCCCCUGCCAGUCGAUCCACUACUCCAAACAGAGACGUCAGGAAGGUGGCGGUGGUCCGAACCCACCCCAAGUCUCCUGUCUCUGCCCGAGGCCGGGCGCCCCCGCUCCCGUCUCACCCCAUGCCGGACAUCAGUCACGUAAAGUCAAAGAUUGGAUCCACAGAGAACCUCAAACACACUCCUGGGGGGGGCAAGAUUCAGAUCCCUCAUAAGAAGUUGAAUCUUACUAGCGUUGCUUCAAAGUGCGGCUCCAAAGACAACCUCUACUACAAACCAGGAGGAGGGAAGGUGGAGAUUAAAUCAGAGAAGGUCAAUUUUAAAACUGUUCAGUCUAAAGUGGGUUCUUUGGAGAACAUCACUCAUGUGCCAGGAGGAGGGAAAAAGAAGAUUGAGAGUCAGAAACUGAACUUCAGAGAGGGCGCCAAAGCUCGGACCGACCACGGCGCUGACAUCAUCGUCCAGCCCGGCAAUGCUUCAGGCCCCCAAAGCCCUCACGCCGCUGAAGCUCCGCCCCUGGCCGACGAGGUGUCUGCCUCCCUCACCAAACAAGGCCUGUGAUUGGAUGACCCUGUGCUUUCAGACACCCACCCUGUUACCAAAGGAACUGCCUGACAAAAGAAAGAAAAAUGUUUCCUUUUUUCCUCAUGACCUCCAUCUUACAUCAGACAGCAUCAGGACAUCAUGAUUAUAGGGAUUUUAUUAGUGAGGAUUGGUGCUAAAUCUGUCACUGACGCUAUAUGCUUCUAAGAGGAGCCUCUGACAACGCUGACUAACCCAGACAGUUGGUCUGGGCUAGUCAGCGUUGGACUGUCUGGGUUCAAUACAUCAUCCACAGGGGCUCACAUAGCACUCUGUAUCUAGUGAAUUAACCUAGAUGAAGAGAUUAAUAAUAAACAAAUAAAAAGAAUGCAGAAACAACCACAUUAUUUAAACCAACUUGUAAAAAGUCUGUGGUUUACAUGCAUAACAUAACAUUUAUACAUUGAGAUGGUUUUAAAGACAGUAUCGUAGAAUACAGAGGUACUACCGACGACUACAGUAUAUAACGUCAAGCUGAAAUAUAAUAUUUAUUCGCACAAACCAAGAAUAUACAAUAUUUGUGUGACCGCCUAAUGUGUUGCGCAUCCAUCAUUGUCAAUUAUCAGAAUUUUGUUGACCUAGUCUGUAAAUAAGCUCCACCAAAAGUUUGCUUUGCGUUUUGUGAACCUUUGAAAGCUUUGCUAAAUGGACAGCAAAUCACAGCUCUGCCAGCUGGGUGUUCAGGUGACACACAAAGCUUCUCCAGAGACGGACUAAAAUAAAACAACUCAGCUGUGAAUCAAACGUUCUGAAGAGGCUAUAUUAGCAAACCUUACUUUAAGCUGCACUAGCAGUUUCUCCUUGCUUCCAAUCUGUGUGCCAAGCCAGGCUAGUAGUUUCCGUUUUGCCAAACAAUGUGAAAGGCAUUGUAUUGUUCUGUUCCUCUUUGCCAUUUGUAAGGUGCAUUGGGUAAAAGCACCACAUACAAUAAAGUAUUAUUAUUAUACCAGG